GGCCCCGCCCCCGCUGCCAUGGCGACCGGCGGGCCCCGCCCCCGCUGCCAUGGCGACCGGCGGGCCCCGCCCCCGCUGCCAUGGCGACCGGCGGGCCCCGCCCCCGCUGCCAUGGCGACCGGCGGGCCCCGCCCCCCGCUGCCUCCCGCCGCUAGGGAGGACGCGGGGGUGGGAAAUGGUUUUCCUUUCCGCUGCUCUGUGGCGCACGAGGCCCCGUCCCCCCCCCCCUCCUUCCAGCCGGGAGCGGGCCCGGGCCCGACCCCGCGCCCACGGCCCGCGGGCUAUCGCGACAGCCAGCCCCCGAGUCGGGAUUUGCUCCGGCGGAAGGGGACCACUCAACUUCCGGCGCUGGCUGCGGUCCUUUCCGCCCUGCGCUGCUGGGGCGUGUCUAGCCGCGGCACCUCCCGCACUCUAUGGUCCCCGCUGUUCCCAGUCUCCUCAGCGGCGGCGGCCGGAGCCGGGAGGAGCGCGGCGGCGGCAGCGGGUGCGGGCCUGUCCUGCCCCGGGCCUGCCCUGCCCGCGGCCUUCGCGGUGGCCAUGGAGCUGGAGGUGCCCGAGGAUGCGGAAGGCUCGGCCGUGGCGGGUGCCGGUGCCAUCACCCCGGAGGCCGGCGUGGGGGGACUGGACGCGGCAGGAGGUCUGGCACCGAAGAAGGCGGCCGUCGCUGAGGGACCGUCGCCCCCAGGACAGCCCGGCCAGGGAAAGAAGAUCGGUCAUCGAGGCGUCGAUGCUUCUGGUGAAACCACCUACAAAAAGACCACCUCAUCCACUCUGAAGGGCGCCAUCCAGCUGGGGAUCGGAUACACGGUCGGCAAUCUGAGCUCCAAGCCAGAGAGAGAUGUCCUCAUGCAGGACUUCUACGUGGUCGAGAGCAUUUUUUUCCCGAGCGAAGGAAGCAAUCUCACCCCGGCUCACCAUUACGCUGACUUCAGGUUCAAGACUUACGCACCAGUGGCUUUUCGGUACUUCCGAGAACUCUUUGGGAUUCGUCCAGAUGAUUAUUUGUAUUCGCUAUGUAACGAGCCUCUGAUCGAGCUGUCGAACCCUGGUGCAAGCGGCUCCCUCUUCUACGUCACCAGCGACGAUGAAUUCAUCAUAAAAACCGUGAUGCACAAGGAAGCUGAAUUCCUACAGAAGCUCCUUCCUGGCUACUACAUGAAUCUCAACCAGAACCCACGGACACUGCUGCCGAAGUUUUAUGGACUGUACUGUGUGCAAUCGGGGGGCAAAAACAUCCGCGUGGUCGUGAUGAACAACAUUCUGCCUCGCGUGGUGAAAAUGCACCUGAAAUUUGACCUGAAAGGCUCCACCUAUAAACGCCGGGCGUCCAAGAAGGAAAAGGAAAAGUCCAGUCCUACAUACAAGGAUCUUGACUUCAUACAGGACAUGCCCGAGGGCCUGAUGUUGGAUGCUGACACCUUCAGUGCGUUGGUGAAAACGUUGCAACGCGACUGUCUGGUGUUGGAAAGUUUUAAAAUCAUGGACUACAGCCUCCUGCUUGGGGUUCAUAACAUAGACCAACAGGAACGGGAGCGCCAGUCCGAAGGAGCCCACAGCACGUCGGAUGAGAAGCGUCCCGUGGGGCAGAAGGCGCUUUACUCCACGGCCAUGGAGUCCAUCCAGGGCGGGGCUGCCCGGGGAGAGUCCAUAGACACAGACGACACGAUGGGAGGAAUCCCAGCAGUGAAUGGCAAAGGAGAGCGUCUCCUGCUACAUGUAGGAAUAAUAGAUAUCCUUCAGUCCUACAGGUUCAUCAAGAAGCUGGAACAUACCUGGAAGGCCCUUGUCCAUGACGGGGACACGGUGUCGGUACACAGACCCAGCUUUUACGCAGAGAGAUUCUUCAAGUUCAUGACCAACACAGUGUUUCGAAAGAAUUCCUCUCUGAAGUCGUCUCCCUCCAAGAAAGGGCGCAGUGCCUUGCUGGCUGUGAAGACGGCCGGUCCCAUGGCUGCGCUUUCCGCCAGCCAGCUUCCCUCGGAAAAGGACGACACACAGUAUGAUCUCCGUGCGGCCAGGAGCUACCCCACGCUUGAUGACGAAGGCAGGCCAGACCUGCUCCCCUGCACUCCUCCUUCCUUUGAAGAAGCCACCACGGCCUCCAUAGCCACCACACUGUCUUCUACAUCCCUCUCUGUUCCCGAGCGAUCCCCUUCGGAGACCUCUGAGCAGCCCAGGUACAGGAGGCGCACACACUCCUCAGGGCAGGAUGGCAGGUCACACGAGGAGGUGCGGGUCGAGGAGGAGCUUCAGCAGAUCAGCGUCGAGCUGGAGCCCAAGUGUGACGUUGAGAUCGUAGCUCCCGAAGAAGAUGACAAAGAGGAGGCGGCUUCUUCAGCCUGUGCCAUUGUAACGUCCACAGCCACAAUAGAGGUGGAGACGGCCAGCCAGGCCUCCGAGCCAGCCAGCCAGGCCUCGGAUGAAGAUGACGUGCCAGUCACAGACAUAUACUUUUUCACGGAUGGGAGGUACUGGAUUUACUCUCCCCGCCAGCGCAGACUGCGAACCACCUCGCGUUCCUCUGGGAUUCCGACAGACGAGAGGAGUUGGGUUUACUCCCCGCUCCACUAUAGCGCUCAACUCCACUCUGUCUCCGAUGAGGAGAGCGAUACAUAAUCUCUAUGCAGACACAGAAGCCCCAGAGAGCAGCGAUUCCCUCUGCAGGUCGAUGUGUUCCCUUUUCGUUGAUGCAGCCGUUCCAGUGGGAUGGGGAAGAGCUUGCUGACACCAGUAUUGCUGCACUGCAGGAUCCCGGGCACUGCGUUUCAGAACAGAGCAAAACUAUAACCAUCUAUUUCUACUUAUCCCAGACAUGGGCAGCAAAGAAACCACCCGCUCACCCACAGCUCCCACUGGAGACAUCCAGCUGGGUGUAGAGAAUCCUGGUAGUAACACAGUGUUUUCUAGACGUGCACUACCGUAGCUACCUAUCCAUGUGUGAUACUGUGAACCUUUUUAAUUUUUUAAUCAUGUAUUUAUUUCUUUUAUCUUUGCACAGAGACAGCACAAAUGUGCUUUUUUUAAACAUUUAGUUUACUGCACUUUUUUUUUUCUUUGUUGUUGUUGUUGUUGUUGUUGUUGUCAUAUAUUUGUGCAUCAGAAAGGAGUUUGAGACCUCACUGGAGAAUUGGUAGGAGCACGUUGCUGGGGAUGGCAGGGACCGGAGUGGCUUCAUUUGAGGCAGCAGUGUGGUCUGAUGGAGUCAGGAGGUUUAAGGCUGUCCAGACUCUGCCACGGUUUUGCCAAGUGACGUCAGGCAAGUCAUUUAACCACUCUGUGCCUCGGUUUCCCCUGUGCUAAUGGGUGUACAGUACCCACUUCCGUUAAAGCACUUAAACCUUGGGAUGAACGGUGCUAUGUAAAUGCAAUGUAUUAAAGGCCAUUGAAUAGAAUUGCUCCCAUGUUACAGUAGUCCAAAGUAGCCAUGCCAAUUUACUUGGAUUCAAAAAUCACUGGUGACUGGUCUUGAUCUGUAACACUGCGGGGAAGCAAAUGAUUCCUGGCGCCAGCGACGUGCUCAGCUCGGCUCUCCUGCGGACGUCCCCACGUGCUGCACCGCAGCGUCAUCCCGGCCCCCCCUGCCCGCAGCUCCGGCUGAGCGGCUGCCGCGGCGCUGCCGGCACCAGGCACGGGCACGGACAGAUGAGAACUGCAGCUCCGGGAACCGGCCGCGCUUGAGUGCGAGUUCCUCCGUCUGCCCAGCCCCACGUGUGGCUCGUCCGGACCCGCAACCCGCUCGAGCCACGUAGCGCCUCGCAUGAUCACGGGUGUAUCCGCCUGCCCGGUGCUCGGCGGUCACAACGCUGGGUUUGCACGUGUCCCCCGUACCUCAGGGCAGCCGGGGAGGCGCGUCCGCGCACUCUGGAGGAAGAAGCCUGGUGCCCUGUGCGGGCGGUGGGGUGUUCAUGGAUUCUGUUGGACAAAAAGCUGGGUGACUGGCAUGUUGCCUGUGGUAACAUCUGCUGUUGGAAAUUGCUGCUUCGGAUGUCUGAGACGGUUUGCUUUUCGAGGGCUGCAGACUUUGGGCGAGAGGAUUUGGUGUCACUGGGUGCGUUCUGAUCAGGCUCAUCCACCUGUCAGUGGGACACACACACAAUAGCGUUGUCUUGAACUCUGCAAUCCCAUCCUCAUCUCCAAGAGAGAAGAAAUCAGUUAGACCAGAGGGAGCCAGGUCUUAUUAAUGUGUUUUACAAGCCUCACUUGAUAAAGAGCGUCCAAAUCUCUUUAUUCUCAUCACAAUCUUCAGACUGUCCUUGGGAUUCCUUGUGGAGGAGUGAGGAAGUGGGACCGUUCUCUCGGGGCACAGUCCCCCCGGUCUGUCUGCACAGCAGCACUCGGGAUGGGUUAAUUCAGGCCCCAGAAGGUAAUUGAGCUGAUGGGAAGCUCUUCCCCUCUGCAGCGUGUUGAGGAUCUUCAUGAACUGAUGUUUUCUUGCCUAGAAGUACAGGACCCAGACUUCCCCGCUUACCUGCAGAUGCUGUUCUCGUGAGCACAGGACGGGGAUCUUGCAAGCUGCUGUAUUACGUGUUUUCUUGUAUUUACCAAAUAAUCCAUCAAAAGUCUUUCAAGAA